AUGCCAAUGCUCAUAGAGGAGCUGGAUGAGGAGCCAACAGGCAGGAGCUACACGUUCCAUCAUCUUCCCGAUGCGAGGUUUAGCUCCUUCGGCUCGCCGGAGAUACAGCCCUUCUUUGACAAGUGGGGCUUCGGACCUGACAUGGCGAUGUGCACCUUCCGAGUGGAGCAGAAGGUCACAAGCGAGACGUUUCAGGACAUGUUGGAUGCCUUCUUCAAAGACAGGGAGGUGCUCUCCGUUCUGCAUUCACAAACUGGCAUCCGCGUGCUGAGUCCGCCGAAGGUGUCAGUCAGAUGGCAGCCGAUGAGUACAAAGGUUGUCAGCAUGUCUUUCUUCAACAAGCUGGAGGAAGCGGGAUGCAUUAGCAGCUCAGGCCAUAUUCGUGGUCGUUUGGAAGAGGACUGGGAGGGUGUGCCCCUUGUGAACCUCAUCAGAGAGGCGAUCUUGAUGGAUGAGAGUGAGCUUUAUGACACAUUCUCUGAGCAAGACAGAAGAGAGUUCCUUCUUCGAAUUUUUCAGCACCUGAUAUUUGGCGGUGCCUCCAACCAGUAUGAAGAUCACGUGGAGGACUACUUCACGGCAACCAAAGCUGUGUACAAGGAUUUGCUGUCUGUCCGCCGCAGUGACACUGGUGAUGUCGAGGUGCUCUCGACCAUCGGCUCCAUUUCCUCUCUUGGAGACGGCGGCUUCCUGUACCCAAAGGAAAGUCUCCUGAACUUCUGCUACGUGAUCCACGAUCCU